AAAGAAGAAGAAAACAUUAGCAGCAUGGAGACUCGCUGCAACUGAGGGAUUCUUGACCUUUCCAACUUAAUACUUUAAUCUGGUUUCAGAAAGCUGAGCAGGAUGUCAGGGAAAAAGGUUGUAGUCCAUGCCAGAUGGGUCAUCGGUAAAGUAAUCGGGACCAAGAUGCGGAAAACUGCUAAAGUGAGAGUGACAAGACUGGUGCUGGACUCCUACCUGCUGAAGUACUACAACAAGAGGAAAACCUACUUUGCCCAUGAUGCUUUGGAGCAGUGCACUGUGGGAGAUAUCGUCCUCAUCAAGGCUCUGCCUGUGGCAAGAUCCAAACAUGUGAAGCAUGAACUUUCUGAGAUCGUUUACAAAGUGGGCCGGGUGGUGGAUCCGCUGACGGGGAAAAGUGUCGCAGGGACAGAGUUUGUGGAGCCUCUGUCUGACCUGCUUCUAGAAGAGAAGAUUUCUCUGUCGGAUAAACUCAAAGAGCUGAACAUCUCAGCUGCCUCCGCUGCAGCUGAUUCUCCGUCUGUACAAACUCCUACUUCAUGAUAGAAAACUGUUUUCUUACAUGCCACUCUGUAAUGUUUUUGUUUCAAGAGUUAAUAAAAAUAUAAGUAUGUAAACAUUAUGGGUUCAA